UAAUAAUAUGUCUGAAUUAAUUUCUUUAAAUUAUAUAGCAACUGUUGUAAAUAAUAUAGCCGUCGCCUGCGAUUUAAUGGAAUGGAGUUAUUUAGAAAACAGCUUGGACGCAAAGGCUCAGAACUAUUUUGGUGUUCUUAUUCCAAUAUCUGUAGAGGGGAAAAUAAAUAACGAAAAUGUAUCUUUAAAAUUAAUGUUGAAAUUAGCACCGACCGACGACAGAUACCGCGUAAGCGGGGCAGUGACAGCUAUGUUUGCGCGAGAAAUAUAUGUAUACUCGAAAGUUUUUUCAAAAUAUCAAGAUUUACAAAAACGUUUACAAUCUCAGUAUAUUAUACCAAAGUGUUAUUACUUAUGCAAGGACUAUUGUAAAGAAGCUUUAGCAAUUCAAAACAUGUGUGAAAUAGGUUACUUACCAUUUAUCCACUAUAUGUUUUUAGACGUCGAUCACUUGAUUGUGUCUUUGAAAAGUCUUGCAAAGUUUCAUGCUCUAUCUUUUAUAAUGGAAUCUAAGGAAACUGAAUUAUUUGAUGAGGUGAAAAAGAUAUGUUUACCAUUAUCAGAAAAUACCAAUAAAAGGUAUAUUGAUAUUUUAAUUGAUAGACUGGAAAAGGCUUUACUAAAGUUUGACAACACUAAUUAUGUGCCAUUAUUAAGGAAUUUAAAACAGAAUUGUACUAAAUAUAUAGAGGAUGUAUAUUCAUCUUCUGAAAAGAACUGUCUAUGUCAUGGAGACAUCUGGAAAGAAAACAUACUUUAUAAAUACAAGGACAACAAACCAGUAUCUGCCUGUUUGAUAGAUUAUCAAACUGCAAGAAUGAGCAGCCCUGCUUUUGAUGUAUUAUAUUUAAUAACAAGUAGUGCUGAUAGUAAACUGAGACAAGAACAUUUUUCCUCACUUAUUGAUAUUUACCAUAGUACAUUAUUGGAGUUUGUCAAGGAUGCCAACAUCAAAAAUGUGUACAGUCAUAGACAAUUAGAUCAAGACUUAAAGAUAGUUGGACCUGCUUGCUUUAUAGUUGCAAAUACAGCUCUAUGGUUGUCAAGUGGAUUGCAACAGGAGGGCCAUGUGCGAAGCAAGAAAGUCUUACAGACAGAAAGUGAGAUAGCAAUGGCCGUUGAUAAUUAUAAAGCAAUAAUAAAAGAAAUUUUAGAUGAUUUUAUUGUUUAUGGAUACUUACCAGAGGUAUCAAGUUAAUAUUAUUCUGUUCUAUUAUUUAAUAUGAAUAA